AUGGGCUCCUCCCAUGGCUGGCUCAUCACUGCGGAUGACCGCUCUCAUCUCAUCCUUGUCAACCCCAUAACCGGAAAUAAGGUCGCCAUGCCGCCACCGAAAACCAUGCCCAAUGUCGAGCUCCGUUAUGAAGAGGAUGACCCCAAAUUGGAUGGCUACAAUCUUAUUUAUGUGGACACAGUGCCGCAUGAAUUCCACCGGAAAAUAAAGCCAUAUGGACUUUCACUCGAACAGGGUCGCUUUUGCUUCUACAUGAUUGUAGCCAUGUCGUGCGAGCCGUCCAGUAAAAAUUGCGUCGUGGUACGUGUACACAAGCCUCAAAACCUGCUCUCCUAUGCUAGGGUUGGGGACACCAAGUGGAGUUGGGUUGACACACACGAAGAAUGCAAGAGCUACGUUGAUGUUUUUUACAAUAACGACGAUGGUUUGCUCUAUGCUCUUCGAGGUUGUGGUGAUGUGCAUACCAUUGAUCUCUGUGGAAAAUCUCCACUGGUGAAUAUUGUCUACAAGCACAAGGCGGAUUAUGAUACCGACAGUAAGUAUAUUGUACAAGCGUCAUGGGGUGAUUUAUUUCCGAUAUGGAGAUGGGAUCGAUAUCUUGAGGAUGACGAGGAGGUGGUGGAGGACAACGACGAUAAUGAUGUGGAUGAGGGUGUGGACAAUGCAGAUGUUCUUGUGGAGCAGCGGACCAUGGAGGACGACGACGAGAAAGAGCGUGUGACGGCCCGCUUUGUUGUCUACAAAAUCGACUUUGUCAAACAAAAGCUCACCAAAGUACAUAAUCUCAAAGAUCACACACUGUUCACGGGUUUCAACACUUCAUUUUUAGUUCCGGCAAAGGACUUCCCCACAUUAAUACCCAAUAGUAUCUACCAUACAGAUGACUUGAAUCAUAAUACUUUCUCCAAGAGAUUUUCAGAUAGACGGGCUUUGAUUGACAAGGGCCUUCGGCAGGUUUUCAUCUUCAAUAUGGAAGAUUGUAGUUUCACGAAUAUACUGGCUCCCCAUUCUUCAAGAUUGAAUUGGCCCCCACCGGUUUGGAUCCUGCCAUAA